CGCCCUGAUGUGCGACAAGCCCCGUUCACGAGCCUUUAUAAGAACAAUUGACAGCGUGCUGACUGAUUGUACACGGCGAAGACUGGCCUAAAAUACCGGUUUCUUUCAUGCAUAAUAUCUUAUCACACUCAACUGUCGUCAUGAAAGCAAUAAGCCCGGAGCGGUCUACGAGGAGCAACAUCUCCAACUCGUCGGAACAUACCCUCGGCAUCUCCCGGAGCAAGAGCCCGAUGGAUGACCCUCUGAGUCUGCUGUACAAUAUGAACGACUGCUACACAAUGCUGAAGGAACUCGUGCCCAGCCUCCCACAGAACGGGAACGUCAGUAAAAUUGAGAUAUUGCAGCAUGUUAUAGACUAUAUCUUGGACCUUCAGAUUGCACUGGACUCAAGCUCGUCCCUCUCCAGCUGCCAACAUCAGCAGCGGCGGCCGGGACAGGCAACAUCACCCAGGAAUCCCCUAGCAACCAUCAACUCAGACAUCAGCCUCAUCACCUUUCAGUCAACUGACCACUUCCCCAAAGGGACAGAGACUCAUGACAGCUAAACUCUCCUUCACUGACUGGGUGUAUUUUAAACAGGACCUCAUGUUCCCCUCCAAUGGCUGGCUGGAUUUCCGCUUGAUUUAACUUAUGUGUUGUUUUUACUUUUUAUUUAUCUACUGGCCUGGCUGAUCUCUUUUCUUCCAAGUGAAGAAUGAUUCCUCAACAACGAUGGGAACACAACGACAGACUGACUGAGAUUACAGUAUUGAAACAAGAUAUCUUUCCACAAGAGGAGAUAGCCUUUUCUUUUGGAAGUGGCACAUUACUACAGACAGACAAAUGGUCAGUCGAUGUAUAUAAAAUGUUAAGACAAAAUCAUGCCUGUAUAGUAGCUGAUUUGUUGCAGAGAAUAUAAAGAUGCAUUUUAUUGUACUGCAGCUUUCAAAGAAAUGUUGUAAAUUGCACUUUUAUACAAUAAUAAAGUAUAUUCCUUAUACUGUA